AUGGCGGUCUGUGACUCUAGUGAUCUAUGAAUUGCAUGUGUUAAACAAACUAUCACAAAAACUCAGCAUUUGCCAUCUAGAAAAUUACUAGAAAUUUACCAAUAUAAAUUCCAGCACCCAAGCGUUUACCAAGCCAUCAGCGAAUUUUACAAUGUCUAUACGCGUCGAAUUUCUGAACAAGAAAGCUUAGAAGAUUCAAGCUCUGAAGAGCAGCUAAAUCUCCUUGACCGAUAUUUAGAAAAUAUCAUAAACUCGCUGUAUAAGCUAUCUAAUUCUACAAACGAAGAAAUUUUCAAAGAUAUGGCUCUGAUAACAAGGACAAUUCAAGCUUUUCUUGUCACUCAAAAUCCCUCGACAAGCCUAUGCUAUUUUAUUUUUUUUAUAUAUAUUUAAAUUUGCAAAUUUUUUUUACAAUAAUCACCAUGGACUAUUAUAAUUCAUUUAAUCAAAGAAUAUUCUGGCUAUAAAGACGACUUUUCUAACUAUUAUUUUGACAGGAAAAAUUACUUAAAAGUCAUUUUUGAGUGCAUUAAAAGAGGAGACCUAGAAACUGCAAGAAUAAUUAUAAGCAAACACCCAGAAAUCCAGCAAAAUGCUAGAAAAGAGGUAAGCCGGGCCACAAAAGAAUUUUUCUCACUAAUUGACAGAUGCUUGAACCCAGCCUCAAGAAUAUAUGGGAACCAAUUUGGGACAAAAGACCAGAAUGAAUUUUUGAAUAAUUUUCAAGCCAUUUUGAGAGAAUCGAGAAUUUUGUUGAAAAAUACUCUGGAAGGGGCAGAAAAAAGUGACUUAAAAAAUGAGCUGCUGCCUUUAAUAAAAAUUUUGGCUGGGGAUAAAGAAGCAUUUAUGGCGACAAAGCCGAACUGGAUUGAAUAUGUAGGCUAUUUUAAUUUUUUUAUGCAAGGUACCAUAUAUUCUCCAGAAGAUCUGUUAUCAGACCUAAAAGACUCAAAAUUCAAUAUCCAAGGCAUCCCUGACGAAAUAUUAUUGAAAAUAAUCUGCACCAAUAAUAUGCAUGAUGUCGCCCAAACCUGCAGCGAAUGAUUUCCUUCCUAUUUUAUGGCUCACAUAAUAGAAGUCCUCGUCAUAAUCGACAAACUUCCUAAAGAACAAUUAGAAGAAUUCGACAAUUUAAACUACGCUGAGCAUUAUUUCUAUCAUUUCAUAUUAGGAAUUUUGAGUGACCCUAAUAUCUCAUUCAAAAUUCCUUUAGAGUACUUAUUAAAUAACAUUGGGUUUUUUCCUGAUUUGUCAUCUAUGAUAGAGACCGCCAUUUUGUAUAGAAUUAAUAAAGAAAACCCUAAAGAAAUCAUCAGUUAUUUGAAAGAAAAAAAAAUUGAGGAUGUAUUGUCAGUUUAUUAUAAGGUCAAGGCUAUGCAAUGUUUAGGGAAUAAAGACUUGAUAUCGGCGUUGACCUGGAGCUAUAAUACAAAUGACCAAGAUUUAAAAGCAAUUGUGGAGCAUCAUAUUAUAAACUUUACUUUAUGCUUAAGAAGAUUGAGGAAGCUAGUAUGUUAGCAAGCUUAUUUUAUUUAUAAAAAACAUUUGGUUUUUUUUUGAUAUAAUAAAGGCCCAAUUUAAUUUAAUUUAUUAUAUAUCAAAAUACAAGAGAUAUUGAAUUAUUUUUAUCAGAAAUAAUUCCUGAGGUAAAAAACAGUUCUUCUGUAGUAAACUUUUUAGAACAAUAUACCAAAUUUUGCCAAGCUAUUUUAGAUAAUAAUUUAGAUGACGCAGCCACAAAAAUGAUCGAUUUUUUUGUCUUGGAAACUGCCCCAGAAGAAUUUUUCCCAAGGAUUUUCGAGAAUGGUUUUGAGAUUUUGCAGAGAGGGAUCAUUAUAAACCAGCAAAGCUUAUUUUCAAUUUUAAGGGUUUAUGAGAAGCUUGCAAGCGGACAAAUUGUAGGUGAAAACAUCACAAAAGAAUUUUUAGAAGAUUUAAAUGCAGCAUUGGGGAGAUGCGCGGUUUUAUCUUUAUCUAGAAGUUAA